CAGACUCUUUUCUUUUUUGUAAAACAUCUUUUCUCGUUUCCACCUGAGCGGAAAAAAAAAUAUUCGACUCUUUCUCUCUCUCUCUCGCUCGCUUUUUCGCCAUGAGUCUGUUUGGAUUGGGGAGAAAUCAGAAGACUUUCCGUCCUAAAAAGAGUGCACCUUCUGGAAGCAAGGGUGCACAGCUUCGAAAGCAUAUAGAUGCCACCCUAGGAAGUGGGAACUUGAGAGAAGCUGUAAGACUUCCUCCAGGAGAGGAUGCAAAUGAAUGGCUUGCAGUAAACACUGUGGAUUUCUUUAAUCAGGUGAAUUUACUAUAUGGCACACUAACUGAGUUCUGCACACCAGAUAACUGUCCUACAAUGACUGCUGGCCCCAAGUAUGAGUAUAGAUGGGCAGAUGGUGUACAGAUCAAGAAGCCAAUAGAGGUUUCUGCUCCAAAAUAUGUAGAAUACUUGAUGGAUUGGAUCGAGACUCAACUCGACGAUGAGACCUUAUUUCCUCAAAGGCUUGGAGCACCGUUUCCUCAAAACUUCAAGGAUGUGGUAAAAACGAUCUUUAAACGACUAUUCCGUGUUUACGCACAUAUCUACCACUCUCAUUUCCAGAAAAUCGUUAGCCUUAAAGAAGAAGCUCAUCUCAACACUUGCUUCAAACACUUCAUCCUCUUCACUCAUGAGUUUGGACUCAUCGACAAGAAAGAACUCGCGCCUCUACAGGAGCUCAUAGAAUCGAUCAUUUCACCUUAUUGAGCAAAAGACAAUUUCAGAUUUUUCAGAUUUAAAAAACCCCAAAAUAAAUAAAAGUAACGGUAAUAAGCUUUUAAUUUAUAAAUUCUCUCCGUUUGUUUCAAGUUUUUUUUUUAAUCCUCUGUAAAAUUUAAACAUUUGCUAUAUGUGUAAAAAAAAAUCGAUCUUGACUACCCUUUAUUCAUGUGUUUUCAUGUGAAAGAAAAAGGAACUUUACAUUA